GUAAAAACUCAAGAUGUCCCUAUGCACACUUGGUGUGUGUGCACAUUCUGGUUCCCAUCGCCCUCCUCACCCUCUCUCCUUCACCCGCGGGCCUCGUCGGCUCGGCCGCUUGGGAGGAACUUGAUCUUUAUCGUUUGAGGGAUUGACCAGUUGUCUCUCUCCCUCUCUGGAAAACGAUGGACGAAGUUCAAAAUUCAGAUGGCGGUGAAUCGGAAGAAAUCGCCGAAGCUUUUAUAUGCUGCAUCUGUUUGGAUAUCCUGUACAAGCCUGUUGUGCUGGCUUGUGGCCACAUGUCCUGUUUUUGGUGUGUGCAUGAAUCCAUGAGUGGUUUUCGUGAGUCGCAUUGUCCAAUAUGUAGGCAUCCAUAUUAUCACUUCCCAUCCAUCUGUCAGAUGCUUCACUUCUUGCUCUUGAAGAUGUACCCUGAUGCAUAUGAGAGGAGGAAAAAUCAGAUUUUGGAGAAAGAAAAUAAAGUCGGUUCCUUUUCACCACAGUUCGAUGCUUUUCUAUUUGGGUCACACACUGAUGAAGGCCUGAACCCUGUGGGCAAUCUAAUGCAUUCCUCCAUGACAAGUUCUCCAUCCAACUUGUUUUCAGACCCCUGUUUCACAAGGAAAGAGGAAUCAAGUACGAAUAUGGACCAAUCAGAAUCCAUUCUAUUGUUUCAAGACAGUAGCACAACUAUUCCUAAGCCAAGUUCAACUGAAGAUUUUGAAGUGCCUGAAACUAUUUCUAUGGAUAAGAAUUCAACUGAGAGUAUCAGUGAAUCUGCCAAGUGCAUGUCUACUGCUGAUAUAUUGUGUGCUGCAUGCAAAGAACUCCUGUUUCAGCCUGUAGUUCUUAAUUGUGGCCAUGCAUAUUGCAAAACUUGUGUCGAGAUGCCAAUGGAUGGGACACUUAGGUGUCAAGUUUGUCAAUGUCUGGAUCCAAGGGGAUUCCCAAAAGUCUGUUUGGAGCUGGAUCAUUUUUUGGAGCAACAAUUUCCUGAAGAAUAUGCCAUGAGAAAAGCUGUUCAGAUCAAACAUGGUCAUCUUCAGCCCAGAUUUCCAACAACUGGUUCAACAGAGGCUGGCAAUCAGCGCAUCUUCUCGUCAUCUUUGCCAGCAGGAGAGAUUUUACCAUGGUGGAGUGAAGAUGGCCCGAAGGUUCAUAUUGGUAUUGGCUGUGAUUAUUGUGGGAUGUAUCCCAUAAUUGGUGACAGAUAUAGAUGCAUAGAUUGUGUGGAAAAAAUAGGUUUUGACCUUUGUGGAGAUUGUUAUAAUACUUGCUCCAAGCUUCCUGGCCGGUUUAAUCAACAGCACACCCCAGAACACAGGUUUGAAAGAGUAAAUUCGAGGAGUAGACGGAACUCGAUAUCAAGCCUGGUUUUGGGGCACAUUGAAGAUGAUUUUGCUGCUUCUGCCGUCUCUAAUGAUGCUUCAGAAGAUCAACAAAAUGGCUCAAAUAUUAUACGUAACAUAUCUAGGCUGGUGCUGAGACACUUGGAAGAUGAUUCUCCUGCGUACAUGUUCUCUAAUGAUGCUUCAGAAGAUCCAGAAAAUGGUUCUAAUGCUGUUUCAUCCGACGAUGCCAUGGAGGAGGCUGAAAAUGGUUUGGCUGCUUCCAUUACUAAUAAUGAUUCCGCAGAGGAUCAAAAUAACACCCAAUCGAGCAUCUGAUACGUCCAUAAGAACUCUACAGGGAUCUGCAAGGAUUGUUAAUACAUUCCAACCCUGCAAAGAAAUAUACUGCAAAAUUGCGUCUUCUGAUGCAAUAUAUUAGGAUGAAUGCAUCCCUUAGCCAGCAAAAUGACUGCAGCUGAAAGGCACUUAGAGCAAUUAUUUUCUCCUUAGCUUGCAAUCCGGUUGGGCAGGGUUUGUGCGGCAGCUGCGGCGAAUGUCAUAGUCGUGUUUUCAUAUAAAUAUUUUACCUUCUUGUAUAAAGUCUAUCCUUUCUCACCGUUCUUCUGAUUUCGUUGUUACUAUUGUUUCUGCCAGUUUUCUUCUGGCUGGGUAAAUAAUUAUGUAUGAAAUGAAAGGGCAUUAUGCAAUUGUUGUGAAUAGGGGACAGGAAAGAGAUGUAAGCGAUCUCAGAAUGUUUGGAAAUCCUAAAUCUUCAUUUCUUGUGGCAUUUCGAAGCAGAAGGAAACCUCACCAGGGCUUGGGACGCUUGACUGCACUAGGGUAAGAGGAGCACUGCAAGUGUUUGUGCUUUUAUCAGCUGGAAGAUUUCUGAUUUCUCCGGAGCGCCACUCCCUUGACGGAAUAUGAAUUCUUCCUUCGAGUUGUCAUAUGCAUUGUUUGUCCAUGAUUACGAGUGACUAUUUUGGUUAUUUGGAAAUAUUAUUUACAUGUUAUAUGUUCUUUUUCUAUCAA